AUGGUUGGGAUUGACUGUUCUAGCAAAGAAGAGAGAAGUGGUAGGAAAAAGAUUAUGGUUGACAGCAAGAAUAGGAGUAGCGGGAGUGAUGGAAAUGAAAAUAAUACGAACAGAACGGGGGGUAUUAACGGCAGUAUGCUUAAAAAGAAUGGAAAUUUUGUUAAGACAAGCAUGAACAGCGUAACCACACAAAAACGCAAGAACAUAGAAAAAAAAUCAAAACGAAAGCAAGCACAAGAACAGGAGAACACACCAAAUGACAGAGUAGCACGUAUUGGAAACGUAGCAGGUGAAAAGAAAACGCGCAGCACUGCCAAACGCACGGUAACGAAGAACAGCACAGGUAAAAAUACGCUAAUACCACGCACACGUAUACCACCACCACUGCCCUAUCUUACAGCUACGGAGUCAUUGAUAGCGCAGCAUGGUACGAUAAAGGAUUAUCUGGAUUUACUCACUUUAAAGUAUUUGAAGACCGGUGAUUUGCUCUUUGUGAAUGAGCUGAUCGAUUGUGGGAGUGUGCAGAGGAAUGACAAUGUUUACUAUGCAUUGUGUAAUUUGGCUGAUGUUGUGGUUGAGGAUGAUGCACUGACGGAAGAAUUGAUCGGUAAGAAGGGAGGGGUUGAUGAGGAGUGUAUUGAUGGUAAAUGUGGACAGAGCGGGAAUAACCAGCAGGAGCAGAGCAAGGAAAAAGGUAAAAAUAGCAAAAGAAAAAGUGCUAACACAAUAGAACACAUAGCAGAUCACCGUACAAGCACAGCCCAAGCAAAAGCGCUAAAAAUACGCUUAAUGCCCAAGAUCAUAAACUUUUUCAGAUUGGCCAUGAAAAACACGUUCAUUACAUCCAAAGCAACACUCGUAACUGCCUCGGUAGUAUCAAAGAUACCAGCGCUCAUUGCACCCUUCAUCCUCAAAAUACGCAACAAGGAAACGUACCGUGUCGUAUCAAACGCUCUUCUGGGCAUGAAAGACGAUGGAACGAUUAACCGUGAGUUGAUAGAUUUGUUCUUCAAGGAAGAUGAUUGGUUGGUGCGAAUGCGCAUUGUUUAUGUGAUGGUAGGGCGGUACGUAGAUGAGGGGAUUGCGAGGAUCUAUGAUUUUAUGGUUGGUGUAAACGAAAGAUAUGGUUUAUGCGAUGGAGAUGACCGUGGUAAGCAUGCUCGUAUAGGUGGCGAUAAGCCUGGGCAAUGCGAUGGAGAUGACCGUGGUAAGCAUGCUCGUAUAGGUGGCGAUAAGCCUGGGCAAUGCGAUGGAGAUGACCGUGGUAAGCAUGCUCGUAUAGGUGGAGAUGACCAUGAUAAGCAUACCGGUACAAAGCAGAUACACACACUUUCAGACCAAAGCAUGAACAAGAAGAAGGUACCCGCCAAGUCAAACACUCUUCUACUAAAACCGCAUGAUAGAGCGCUCAUCACACAAAUCAACGAUAUGCUGCUCACCUACCUCUCCAAAAAUAAUAUGCCAGUCCAAACAAACAUGUUCUUGCUCACACACCACAACUUUUCUCGAUUAUUCUCGGCGACCGCCGACAAGCUCAAACUCAUUAACACGUAUCUCAAUCUGUCCUGUCCAACCGCACAGAACUUGUCACUCAUACUAAAUUACGUGAUGGAGAGCAAGAAUGGAAAGCUGUUGGUUAAAAUAAUCGAAAGCGGGCUGAACGAUGAGUGUGUUAGAUGCUUUGUUGAGAGGAUGAGGGAUGUGGUUGUGGAGAAGGAGGUGUUUUAUUACGUGGUAGGUAUGAAACGGCAUUGGAACGAGGAUGUGAGAAGGUGUGUUGAUGGCAUAUUAGCUGAUAAGUUUUGUUUGAGAUGAUCAUUACAGCCUUAUCUCACGAUGUGAGGAGAAACACAUUUGUUGGAAUUGUUGCCUUCCCAUGCCAGCGUUAAGUAAAUUUUCCUCCUUUG